GUGACUCCGGUGCUCUCCUCCACCGUCCCCUCCAUCCGUGCGCGCUGGAAAACCCUAACUACGACGAGCUCAGGAAAUGAUCCUUGCUGAACGCCGACUCCUUCUCUCUUAUGAGCCUGGGGCCAUGAGAGGUGACCUGGUGGUAGUUACCAGCUGCACAGCUGAUUAAGUAGCAGAGGAGAUUAGAACUCAGUUCCUGGCCUCCCAAGAUUGUUGAGAAUGAGUCUGCGGAAGCAAACCCCUAGUGACUUCUUAAAGCAGAUCAUCGGACGGCCAGUUGUGGUGAAGCUCAAUUCUGGGGUGGAUUAUCGAGGGGUCCUGGCCUGCCUGGAUGGCUACAUGAAUAUAGCACUGGAGCAGACGGAAGAGUAUGUAAAUGGGCAGCUGAAGAAUAAGUACGGGGAUGCCUUCAUCCGCGGAAACAAUGUGCUGUACAUAAGUACACAGAAGCGGAGGAUGUGAAGACACCAGGAGCAGCUCUUCACACGGGUGUACUUUAGUAUAAAGAGUUUGGUUUUUGUUCUUUUACGACCUUAGUUGCUGCCUGUUUUCAUAGUGGUUGGUGUGUUUUGUUUUGUUUUUUAAUUGACAUUUAAAUAAGAUAGAAGUGUUACAUUACAAAUCAAAUCUUAAAACAUUUCAUGUUCACUGAAACUCCUGUCUGUACAGAAUAUUAAAUUUUUUUUUUUGUUUUUUUUUUUUUGUUUUUCGAGACAAGGUUUCUCUGUGGCUUUGGUGCCUGUCCUGGAACUAGCUCUUGUAGACCAGGCUGGCCUCGAACUCACAGAGACCCGCCUGCCUCUGCCUUUAAUCCCAGAAUAUUAAAAUUUUUAAAAAAAGCAAAAAUACUAAUACAUCUCUCCUGGAUUAUUUUACCUUUCAUUGAACAAUCUAGUGGUGGUAUCUCCACAAAGGAUUGCAAAUCUCUUGAUUUGGAAAUUAUGAGGUUAACCAUGCUCUGCCAGUUCUGUGCAGGUAGGCGUCUUGUGUUGACUUGCUUCCUCUCAGGAGCAUUGGCAUAAAUCGGUGUAAAUCUUGGUUUGCCCAGCCAAGAGGUGCUCGGCUGUUUCUGUGUAAUGGGCUGUGGUCGAGGUGGAGUACAUAACUCAGUUUCCAAGUCCUCAGAUGUGGCUUGGAAGGAGUUUCUCCUGUCUCUUGCUUAGCAAGUGGCUUUGGAGAAAGGGUUGUAUUCUGUCUUCAGGUCAUGUGAUUCCUGAUGGUGAGGCUUGCACUCCAGAAACAGUGUGUUUCGUUGCUUUGGUUGUGCGGACACUGGAAGACCAUGGAAACUGUUUUGACUUUCCUCAGCUCUCCUUCAAUCUAAACAGAAUUUCUGUCUUGGGACGUAGAGUGUGUUUUUUAACAAUUGUCUGAUUGGAUCUGGGGGCAGAUGGGAAGCUAGGGAGGGAGAGAGGGGAGGCUUUUUGGAGAGGUGUAUGUGACAUUUGUCUCACUUAAACAGUAAUCAGAAACAAUAACUCAGGAAAAAAGAGAAAUGUUUUGUAAGGUUUGAUGGUGUACACACUGAAAAUAAAACACUUUAUCUGAAGCUUCA